AUGGGUAUUCUUCUCUUCCUAAUCUGCAUCUUUCUCAAUGAAGCAGCUCUAAACCAAGCUUCUUUAGAUCCCAGUGUGAAGGAGACAUCCUUCUCGUACCCCUCGUUCGAUGCUGAUCAUAGUUGCAAUACUACCCUGAUAUGUAUGGGCUCAGUAAGCGUUGGCGACAGGCGCUUGAAACUUACACCAGAACCACUGCCAGUCGAUUCGAACUCGACACAACCUGUGCUGAAGGACCAGAUAGGCAGGGUUCUAUUUCAUCAGCCUGUGAUUGCAUGGCCCGCGUAUAUCAAUACAACGUUCACAGUCAGGAUUUUUACCUUUCCAAAUACGACCACCAAUGGAGAUGGGAUGACGUUUAUUAUGGCUCAGAAUAACAGUCCUUCUCCACCUGAUAGCAAGGGCUCAUAUCUUGGAGUCCUGGAUAAGUCAACAGAAGGUGGUGUUACUCGACAGAUAGCUGUGGAGCUUGACACUUAUCCGAAUGAGUUCGAUCCAGAUGGAAACCAUAUGGGCAUUGAUACAACAAGCAUAACAAAUCCAGUAGUAGCUAAGAGUCUGAACAGAACAGGCAUUUACCUUACAAGUGGAAGAGAUAUCACGGUUCAAAUUGUUUACGAUAGCUCGACGGAGGAGCUCCAAAUAUUUGUUGCAUAUGCAGGGAACCCACUAGUGAGUUUCCUGAAUCAGUCUAUUGACAUGUCAAAAUGGGUUCCGAAUUCUGUUUAUGUAGGCUUCACAGCCGCUACAGGGCCUUUCUCAGAGGCUCAUGAGGUUUUGAAUUGGACUUUUCAGUCAACAUCAUUGCCAGACUUGAAGAAAGCUUCUGAGAAAGAAAAUAGAAAAAGGUUCUUCUUGACUGUUGCAAUUGUCGUGGCAGGAUUGGGGGUGCUGAUACUAUUCACUUUACCGCUUGCUUUAAGGGAUUUAAGGAAGAGAAAAGAGAGGAGUAAAAGGAGAGCUGAAAUUGAAAGCCGGUCAAUGAGAGCAGCAAAUGCACCCAAAAUGUUUACAUAUAGACAACUCUCAAAGGCUACUCUUAAAUUCAGCAAAGAAAACCUGUUAGGAACUGGUGGCUUUGGAAAUGUUUACAAAGGUGUCAUUUCCUCGGAUCCUCCCAUGAUCUUAGCAGUAAAAAAGAUCUCAGCAACUUCAAGACAAGGUGAAAAGGAGUAUUUGGCAGAAAUAUGCACCAUAGGGCGUAUGCGGCACAAGAACAUAGUGCAACUCCAAGGCUGGUGCCACGAGCGCGAGCAACUUCUUUUGGUUUACGAAUACAUGCCCAACGGCAGCCUUGAUUGCUACAUCGGCAGGCGCUUUCUUGACUGGAACACUAGGUACAAAAUAUUAACAGGCCUGGCAUCAGCAUUACUUUACCUCCAUGAGCAAUGUGGCCAUCCUAUUGUUCACCGAGAUGUUAAGCCGAAUAAUGUAAUGUUGGACUCCGAUUUCAAUGCUCAUUUAGGCGAUUUCGGCCUUGCAAGAUUGCUCAGAAGCGAUUCUGCAGUUACAACAAUGCUUGCUGGCACUCCAGGAUACUUGGCUCCUGAAGUAGCUUACACAGGAAAGGCUGCUCCAGAAUCUGAUGUCUAUAGCUUUGGAAUGGUUGUAAUAGAAGUCGUGACAGGACAACGGUCAAGGGGUAUUUUCGAAGAAAAUAGUUUACUAGAUUAUGUAUGGAGUUUACAUGGAAGAAAAACAUUGCUCGAAGGUGUUGACCGAAUGCUAGAAGGCAAGUAUGAUGAACAACAAGUGAAGAGGACGUUACUUGUUGGAAUUGCUUGCUUGCAUCCUGACACUAAGAGUCGUCCAACUAUUAGAAAAGUAGAGCAGAUUUUCUUGAACCCCGAUGAGCCUCUGAUGGAGGUGCCAGAAUCGAGGCCAAAUGCAAUUUUUGUGCCACUUUCUUCCUCUGCUUCAACCACAAGGUCCGCAACUGAUUUUGGGUCUAAAAGUGACGAUGUCUUGUUGCAGUCAACCCCUGAAGAGAUGGUCCUUGAUGAGAUUGUUGUCCACCAUGAAGAUUCUGACAUAUAA